AUGCAAGUGAUGGCUUCCUGGCCUGACACUAACAAGAAGUCCAUGAACAGUGUCAAUCAGAAUUUGAAAUCAAUCUGCCUCCAAUCCAAUAAUGUUCACAGGAAACUUUCCACCUCUGGAGAUGAAACAUUACUUGUGGGAUUUUUUUCCUAUGUCAACCCUGAUGAACGUGCCCAGAGUUUCAAAAAAGUGCCAGUAAUUUCUGAAUAUGGAUCCAUAUUACCAAAAUAUGUCCAGCAUCCUCUUACUAUGUAUUUUGCCAUUGAUGAGAUCAACAAGAAUGCCAAGCUCUUCCCCAACCUCACACUAACACCGCUGAUUGCUCAAACUAGUUUCAAUGCCAUGAAGGCCAGUAAGUUUGUUUUAGAUUUUCUGUUUCUGAUUCAAGGGAGUCCUAUCAACUUCAAUUGUGUUGGAAGAAGGAAUCUGAACUUCUUGCCUAUCAUUGGUGACCUCACCUCACUCAAUUCCAUCCAGAUGGCCCACAUGUUGAACACCUACAAGUUUCCACAGAUCAAUUAUGGUUCCUUUGAUCCAGUCCUGAGUGAUAAAAGGCAGUUCCCUUCCUUCUUCAGCACGGUUCCCAAUGACAAUUUGCAAUACGAGGGGAUUGUUCAUUUACUAAAACAUUUUGGAUGGAACUGGAUUGGCCUCUUGGUCUCAGAGAAUGAGAGUGGGGAAGCCUUUAUUCAAAAUCUCGAACAAAAGCUCUUCCAGAGUGAUAUUUGCAUUGCUUGGAUAGCGUUGAUCAGAAUUUUAGCAGAUGCACUCUUAAAUAGAGGUUUCAUUCAGGAACAGGUAGACAACCUAUUAGGCAUUAUCUUACAGAAGAAUGUCUCUGUAUUCCUUGCUUCUGGAACUGCCCAAUCAAUGGAGAUUUUACAAUGGGGGCUUUAUUUGCGUGAAGCUUACCAAAUGACCCCAAUAGAUCACAGAGUAUGGAUCAUGACCUACCAGUGGGAUUUCACUGUGAGUUUAUUGCCAAUAGAUAGCUUUCUAGUUCAGACUUUCAAUGGUUCCCUAUACUUCUCCCUCCAUAGAAGGACUGUGCCAGGAUUUCAAGAGUUUCUUGAGAAAAUAAAACCUUUGGUGCAUCCCAUUUCAUACAUUGAUUGGUUCUGGGAAUUUGUGUUUCAUUGUUCACUGCCUCCAUAUCGGAAAGGUGUUAAACGCUGCACUGGGAGGGAAAAACUCAAGACCGUCUCUGGCUCUGUGUUUGAAAUGACCAUGUCUGGAGAAAGCUACAAUAUCUACAACGGGGUUUAUCUUGCAGCACAUGCGUUGCAAGCAAUGUAUUCAAAAAGAGCAAAAAGAGCAAAGCCAGCUCCUGUGAGGAAUCAGCCUUUGCAGCCAUGGGAGCUUCACUACUUUCUGAGAAACACCCGCUUUAAUAACAGUGUGGGAGAAGAAAUCUUUUUUGAUGAGAAAGGGGAGAUUGACCUGGGAUAUGACAUUUUCAACUAUGUCUCCUUCCACAAUAAAUCCUUCCAGAGAGUCCGGAUUGGAAAGAUGGUCUCCAAACCUCUUGAUGGGAAGAAAUUCAUUAUUAAUGAAAGUAUCAUUAUGUGGAAUCACAAGUUUCAGCAGGUACGUCCCCAUGCCAGAUGUGUAGAGAGCUGCCAUCCGGGGUUCAGCAGGGUUGUUCAAGAGGGGAAACAUAUUUGUUGCUAUAAUUGUAGACAAUGUCCUGAAGGAAGAAUUUCAAUUGAAACAGAUACAGACCAAUGUGAGAGAUGCCCAGAAGAUCAGUAUUCGAAUGCAGAAAAAGUCCAGUGCCUUCCCAAACGUUUCAGCUAUUUAUCCUAUAGGGAACCCUUGGGAAUCGUUUUGAGUUCUCUGACUCUUUUCUUUUCAGCAAUUCUUAUUUUGGUGGCAGUGACCUUCAUUCUACAUUGGGACACCCCCAUUGUCAAAGCCAACAACAGGAACAUCACGUGCAUCCUCCUUUCCUCUCUCCUGCUGUGUUUUCUGUGCUCUCUGCUCUUCAUAGGUCAGCCUGGAAAUGUGAGUUGCUUCUUCAGGCAAACUAUGUUUGGCACCAUUUUCUCUCUCUCGGUAUCUUGUGUCUUGGCCAAGACCAUCAUGGUUGUUAUGGCUUUCCUGGCCACUAAGCCAGGAAACCAGAUGAGGAAAUGGCUAGGAAACAGACUGACGGGAUCCAUCAUUGUCUUCUGCUCCUGUAUUCAAGCUGUUAUCUGUAUGAUAUGGUUGAUCAUAUCUCCUCCCUUCCCUGAAUGGGACAUGCAUUCACAGGUUCAAGAGAUCAUUGUUCAAUGUAAUGAAGGCUCAGAUGCCAUGUUUUACAUUGUACUGGGCUACCUGUGGCUCCUGGCCACCAUCAGUUUUACUGUGGCUUUCUUUGCCAGAAAACUGCCUGAUACUUUUAACGAAGCCAAGCUGAUCACCUUCAGCAUGCUUGUGUUUUGUAGCAUUUGGUUGUCCUUCAUACCAGCCUAUCUGAGCACCAAGGGGAAAUACAUGGUGGCUGUGGAGGUCUUCUCCAUCUUGGGCUCUACUGCAGGCCUCCUGGGCUGCAUCUUCCUGCCCAAGUGCUACAUCAUUCUGCUGAACCCACAUCUCAACACCAAACAGCAUCUGACUAGGAAGACAGAUUAA